CAACAGCCAAGCUUUGCUGAAGCCAGCGAGAGCAGAAGAGCCAUCUUCCCGACCAGGGAGAGUGGAAGAGUGGGGGACUGUUGAGACAAUUUGGAGGGACCCCGGUGUCGUUCGAAGGCUCGAAGACACAACGUGGGAACGGUAGGACUACCGGUGUCAGUAGGGAAGAAGGGUAUUUUUUCAGUAUUCGGACUCGGAGUCAUCGGGAACCAGUGGGGCUCGAGCGAAGAAGCUUUUUAAAAAUAUAAAUACAAAGGCAAAUAAAUUCGAGUCAAGUCUAUUAGCUAAUAGAGUAGAUGUGCAAUCCAACAAAUAUAAAACUAACCGUGCACCACUUACCGAAGACCGUUGCUCGAAAAUAGUAUGUAUUCAGUCAAGUUUGACGGAUGUGUAGGUCUUUAAAGGUGUCAAGGUAAACAAACACCAAAGCCCCUGUCGGAGCGGAUGCUGCUGUAGCUAGCUAGCUAGGGCUUUGAGACAUGGAUUAGGACGAAGGGUAGCCUGCCAGAGACAGUGUUUGAAAGAAUAUUAGCUAAUUUUUACGAUGUUGACCACAAAUUAGAACUCCUAGCUACUACAAUUGUGAAUAAUGACAAUCGAGACUCUUGUAUUUUUAAGAUGUUAUCUAGCUGAUUUAGCAACCUACUCUUGUUGGCCAGUGUUCGCUUACUACUGUAGUUAGCUGGCUAGUUAGCAUUAGCAGAUAGUUUAGCUAGUUGGCAGUUUAGCUAGUUGGCUAAUGCUAGCUAUUAGCAAGCUAUCAGCCCCUCAAGCUUGAGUAGUGAGUGUCUGUCAAAGAAAGCUACCGUCUCUCAUUCUAUCUGGAUUUCACUUGUUAUUUUAUUCUCGUUUUAUCCACAGGGGAAAUUAAAUAGGCCUGCUAGGUUGUAUUGCUUGCAAGCUUUUGGAACAUUAUGUUCGGUUGUCUCGAGACGGGCAGUGUGUAGCACAGCUGAUUCAUCGAGGAGGUUGGAAAUGGAGGAAAACAAGUUACGUUUAUGUAGAUUUAAUUUUAAAGUAAAGUACAAUAGUUGACGUCAAUAUUUUAUUUGGACGAGUUGGGUUAAUCCUAGCCCAUGUAGAAAGUGUUACAUUAAAAUUAGUUAGAUAAGAACCCUAUCAAUAUGUGUCUAUGGGUGACUUGUAAGUGAGUGGGGGUCGUCUCCCUCGAAGUACUGUCCACUCAACUAGACAGUCAAGCAGAAACAGUCCAACUCGAAACUGUGUGGUGGUAGUGGACAGAAACUAAAUUGUUACCGGACUAGGAUCAACUUUCUCAGACGACAUGGAUAUACGGUGUCUCAGAUAAGUUAUCACCCUAAAUGGCAAGGCCUUGGUAAGAAAGAUGAGGGAAAAGGUCAUUGAGUGACCUAGUUGUGCCUCUCUUUUCCAGAUAUACUGAAUACUAAUUUGGUACAAUUUGUGACAAAGUAUUUUUCCCCCACUGUUUAGAAUGGAUAUUAUUGUUUUAUUGUGUAGCUCGCCAGCAAGACUACAGUGAGCUCUCAGCAGUGUUUUGGUUGUGUUGCGCCCACCCCUCCCCCAACUUUUACUGGAGACUUGUGGAAGUGUUCUUUCCUUCUGCUGCCUGUCAGUGGUGGGCCACUCUCACCCUUUUAUUUUUUUAAUCCUUUGACGGAAGGCCUUGGCUAUUGUACAGUCCACUUGAAUCCUGUGUUAUAUAGCCUACAGUGGAUGUAAUGGAACUAAUGUUCGCCGAGUGGGAAGACGGAGAAAGGUUCUCCUUCGAAGAUUCUGACCGGUUCGAAGAAGACUCGCUCUGCUCCUUCAUAUCAGAAGCUGAGAGUCUGUGUCAGAACUGGAGGGGAUGGAGAAAACAGUCUGGUGGACCAAAUUCUCCUACAGUUAAGAUUAAAGAUGGUCAGGUCAUCCCUCUGGUGGAGCUUUCAGCCAAGCAGGUGGCAUUCCAUAUCCCGUUUGAGGUGGUGGAGAAGGUCUAUCCUCCUGUCCCUGAGCAGCUGCAGCUACGCAUCGCCUACUGGAGCUUCCCUGAGAACGAGGAGGACAUCCGGCUGUACUCGUGUCUGGCCAACGGCAGCCCAGAUGAGUUCCAGCGAGGGGAGCAGCUGUACAGGAUGAGGGCUGUUAAAGACCCUCUGCAGAUAGGUUUCCACCUCAGUGCCACCGUGGUAUCGCCCCAGACUGGCCAAUCAAAAGGGGCAUACAAUGUGGCUGUCAUGUUUGACCGCUGCCGCAUUACCUCCUGCAGUUGCACCUGCGGGGCCGGGGCCAAGUGGUGUGCCCACGUGGUGGCCCUCUGCCUCUUCAGGAUCCACAACGCGUCUGCAGUGUGCCUGCGAGCCCCCGUUUCAGAGUCCCUGUCCCGGCUGCAGAGGGACCAGCUGCAGAAGUUUGCCCAGUACCUAAUCAGCGAGCUUCCCCAACAGAUUUUGCCCACAGCCCAGAGGCUCCUGGAUGAGCUCCUGUCCUCCCAGUCCACAGCCAUCAACACAGUGUGUGGGGCUCCAGACCCUACUGCUGGCCCCUCGGCCUCUGACCAGAGCACUUGGUAUCUAGAUGAGUCCACGCUCAGUGACAACAUCAAGAAGACGCUGCACAAGUUCUGUGGCCCCUCUCCUGUGGUCUUCAGUGACGUCAACUCCAUGUACCUGUCAUCCACGGAGCCACCGGCUGCGGCAGAGUGGGCAUGUCUGCUGAGACCUCUGAGGGGGCGGGAGCCUGAGGGGAUCUGGAACCUCCUGUCUAUCGUCAGGGAGAUGUUCAAGAGGAGGGACAGCAACGCUGCACCUCUACUAGAGAUCCUCACUGAGCAGUGUCUCACUUAUGAACAGAUUAUUGGCUGGUGGUACAGCGUGCGUACGUCGGCGUCCCACAGCAGUGCCAGCGGGCACACGGGGCGCAGUAACGGGCAGUCGGAGGUGGCAGCCCACGCCUGCGCCAGCAUGUGUGAUGACAUGGUAGUUCUGUGGAGGCUGGCUGUGCUAGACCCUACCAUGAGCCCUCAGAGGCGUUUGGAGCUGGCCUCCCAGCUCAAGCAGUGGCAUCUGAAAGUGAUUGAGAUUGUGAAGCGAGGGCAACAUCGCAAGUCCCUGGACAAACUGUUCCAGGGCUUCAAGCCAGCCGUGGAGUCCUGCUACUUCAACUGGGAGGUGGCCUACCCACUGCCAGGCAUCACCUACUGCAGUGCUGACAAGAAGAGUGCCUCCUUUUGCUGGGCCAGGGCAGUGCAGCAGCAGAGAGGGGCCAAGGCUGGCCUGGCUGGAGACACCUCUGAACUUGGAGGAGGAGGGAGAUCUGGCAGCUCUGAGGGAGGUGGGGGAGACUACAAGGGCAGAACUCCCCAACAAGAAGUGGCUGUCAGGCCCAAAGAGACCAUUGUGAGCAAGAGGAAGGGGUUGUCGGCCGGGGGCGGAGGAGGGGUCCUAGUACGGCUAGGGGGCAGUGUCUGUCUUUCUCUAGAGGAGGGCAGUAGUAAGGGGAUGUACAAAGGCGCAGGUUCCUCCUCGUCCAUUGGGGGCAAGGCUAAGCUGGCCCAGGGGGGGAAGUCGUCCUCCGGGGGAUCAGCAGGGGUAGGGGGAAAACACCAAGCGGCCAAGCGGCGCACCAGCAGUGAGGACAGCUCCCUGGAGCCUGACAUGGCCGAGCUGAGCCUGGAUGAUGGCUCCAGUCUGGCGCUGGGCGCCGAGGCCAGUAACACCUUUGACUUCACACCCCCGCCACCCGAGAUGCUACCCUCACCAAGCCCGCUACUCAGAGAGCCACACAAAUACAGUGGGGGAGGGAAAGGGGCCGGAAACAUGCCCAAGGAGCGCUCCUUCGAGGUCAAACGUGUCACUCUUGCUGCCACCCUGCCUGCCACUGAGUCCCAGCCCGCCUUCCCCCUCAAGGAGAACGCCGCUGUCGUCGUGGAAGCGGCUGUUGCCUUGGAGAAGGAGGUGGAAGUGGAGGCAGAGAUGGAGGUGAAUGGAAAUAAGGAGGUGGCCCCCGCUGGAGACGCUCGGCUCUCUACCUCGGUCGCUGUUGUUACCGUGACUGCUGCUGCCGCCAAGCCACCGCGUAGUGGGCGCCGAGAAACUGGCGCUGGAGCCGUAGCCCUGCCCAAUCAGAGCCCAGGGGCAGGGGGAGACCCUGUUGGAGAGGAUGACUACCGGGCCUACUACCUAAAUGCAGCCUCUGAGGAGGGGGCAGAGAGAGUGCCAGAGAACAACCAUGAGGAGGAACCAGACAUCUUUGCUGGGAUCAAGCCACUGGAGCAGGAGGGCCAGAUGGAGGUGCUGUUUGCAUGUGCAGAGGCCCUCCACGCCCAUGGCUACAGCAACGAGGCCUGCAGACUGGCAGUGGAGCUGGCUGGAGACCUGCUGGCCAACCCUCCAGACCUGAAGGUGGAGCAGCCCCAGACAAAGGGUAAGAAGAGCAAGGUGUCCACCAGCAGGCAGACCCAGGUGGCCACCAACACCCUGGUCAAGACCUCCUUCCUGCUGACGGUGCUGAGCGAGAGGCUGGAGCUCCACAACCUGGCUUUCAGCACGGGCAUGUUCUCCCUGGAGCUGCAGAGGCCCCCAGCCUCCACCAAGGCCCUGGAGGUCAAGCUGGCCUACCAGGAGUCAGAGGUGGUGGCUCUGCUGAAGAAGAUCCCUCUGGGCCUGGUGGAGAUGACGUCCAUACGGGACAGGGCCGAGCAGCUCCGAGACGGGAACUUCUGUGACUACAGGCCUGUCCUGCCCCUCAUGCUGGCCAGCUUCAUAUUUGAUGUGCUGUGUACCCCAGUUGUCUCCCCCACAGGUUCCCGUCCUCCCAGCCGUAACCGGAACAACGAGAUGCCUGGAGACGAGGAGCUGGGCUUUGAGGCUGCUGUCGCAGCACUGGGUAUGAAGACCACAGUGAGCGAGGCAGAGCACCCUCUGCUGUGUGAGGGGACCAGGAGAGAGAAAGGAGACUUGGCUCUGGCUCUUAUGAUCACAUACAAGGAUGACCAGAGCAAGCUGAAAAAGAUCCUGGACAAACUGCUGGACAGAGAGAGCCAGACCCACAAGCCCCAAACCCUGAGUUCCUUCUACUCCAGCAAGCCAGCUGCCAGCAGCCAGAGGAGCCCGUCCAAGCACGCUGCCCACAAUGCUCACGGACACGGAGGUGCCACCGGAGGGGUGUCCAAACACGCCCCAAACGCCACGGCUGCAGCUGGGUCCUCCUCUGUGCAAGCGGUGGCUGCUGGUGGGGCAGCAGGACAACUGGCGGGCAGCGGUGUGCAGAACAACGCCACACCCGGAGAGGGCGUCAGUGAGGCCAGAGAACAAGAUGGCGCCCAGCCUGCGUCAUGUGACCAGCCGAGUGAGGCGGUCCCAUUCAAGCCCGAGGGCACUGUGCCUAGUCGCUUGGCGCUGGGAGGACGGGGGGCAUACAGCGGGCGCUGCUGGGGCUCUCCUGUCCGCCAGAAGAAGAAACACACAGGCAUGGCGAGUAUCGACAGCAGUGCUCCUGAGACCACCUCAGACAGCUCCCCCACCCUCAGCCGACGUCCACUCAGAGGGGGCUGGGCUGCGGCCUCCUGGGCGAGGGGCCAGGACAGUGACAGCAUCAGCAGCUCUUCCUCUGAUUCGCUGGGCUCCUCCUCAUCCAGUGGCUCUCGCAGGGCCGGAGGGGGAGCUAGGGCUAAGAGCACAGACACCAGCAGGUAUAAAGGGCGUCGUCCCGAGUGCCAUGCACCCCAUGUGCCCAACCAGCCAUCGGAGGCGGCGGCUCACUUCUACUUUGAGCUGGCCAAGACGGUGCUGAUCAAGGCCGGGGGCAACAGCUCCACCUCCAUCUUCACCCAGCCCUCAGCCAGCGGGGGCCACCAGGGUCCCCACCGCAACUUGCACCUCUGUGCCUUCGAGAUUGGCCUGUACGCCCUGGGCCUGCACAACUUUGUCUCGCCCAACUGGCUAUCCAGGACCUACUCCUCCCACGUCUCCUGGAUCACAGGCCAGGCCAUGGAGAUUGGCAGUGCUGCCCUCAACAUCCUGGUGGAAUGCUGGGACGGGCACCUCACCCCUCCCGAGGUGGCAUCACUGGCAGACAGGGCAUCACGGGCGCGGGACCCCAACAUGGUUCGCGCUGCGGCCGAGCUGGCCCUGAGCUGCCUGCCCCAUGCACACGCCCUCAACCCCAAUGAGAUCCAGAGGGCCCUGGUGCAGUGCAAGGAACAGGACAAUGUGAUGCUAGAGAAAGCCUGUAUGGCUGUAGAGGAGGCAGCCAAGGGGGGCGGUGUGUACCCUGAGGUUCUGUUUGAGGUGGCCCACCAGUGGUACUGGCUCUAUGAGCAGACAGUAGGAGGGGGCUCAGGGGCCCAGCGCGAGGGCCCGGGACGCUGCAGGGCCAACGGUGGAGCUGGGAGAAGGCCCCCGGAGACUGGUCACGGUGUGACGGACAACAGUGGCAACAUGGAGUCCUCUGGUGUUGCCACAGUGACUGCCUCUGUGACAGCAGCGGCUGUGGUGCCCGUCAUCUCUGUGGGCUCCACCAUCUACCAAUCACACGCCCUUCCUGGCUCUGCCAUGGCCCACCCCCACUCCCAGGGCCUGCAUCCCUACACUACCAUCCAGGCCCACCUGCCCACUGUCUGCACCCCCCAGUACCUGGGGCACCCGCUGCAGCAUGUCCCCCGGCCCACUGUGUUCCCCUUGUCAGGGGGUGCAUACCCACAGGGAAUGCACCCGGCCUUUAUCGGUGCCCAGUACCCGUUCUCAGUGGCCACCGGCCCCCAUCCGCCCAUGGCAGCAACUGCGGUCACCUUCCCUGGUAUUCUGCCGUCCAUGACCCAGAUCGCCGUCCACCCGUACCACACUGAGACCGGCCUGCCUCUGAGCACCACUGUAGCAGUAGGUGGCGUCCAUUCAGGCGCCACAAUCCAGGCCAUUCAGGGGUCAUCUCUUCCUGGUAUGUCUUCCCAGCCCGUCUCAUUGGUCAGCGCCCCCUUUCCGUCUGAAGACGAGCAGCAUAGCCAGCCAAUCAGCCAGCAGGGUCUUCACUACCUGCACUCAGCCUACAGAGUUGGCAUGCUGGCUUUGGAGAUGCUUGGAAGGAGGGCUCACAACGACCACCCCAAUAACUUCUCCCGCAGCCCCCCAUACACGGAGGAUGUCAAGUGGCUCCUGGGCCUGGCUGCACGGCUAGGUGUGAACUACGUGUACCAGUUCUGUGUGGGUGCGGCUAAGGGUGUGCUCAGCCCCUUCGUCCUUCAGGAGAUCAUCAUGGAGGCUCUCCAGAGACUCAACCCCGCCCACAUCCAUGCCCACCUCCGCACGCCCGCCUUCCAUCAGCUUGUGCAGCGCUGCCAGCAGGCCUAUCUACAGUACAUCCACCACCGGCUGAUCCACCUGACCCCGGCCGACUACGACGACUUUGUCAACAUCAUCCGCAGUGCCCGCGGGGCCUUCUGUUUGACCCCUGUGGGAAUGAUGCAGUUCAAUGACGUGCUUCAGAACCUGAAGAGGGGCAAGCAGACCAAGGAGCUGUGGCAGCGUAUCUCUCUGGAGAUGGCCACCUUCUCCCCAUGACUGUGAGGGCAGUGGAGUGGGAGAGGAACGACGCUCCCACCCCACAAACCCACAGCCCUGUCGAGCUCUGGCUCUCUCCAUCGACGUUUGGCUCUGCCUCGAAUGCUCUCCCCAUCCGCCUCCCUGGCCUCUCCUUCACCUGACCUGACUUCAACCCUCCUUGUGUACCUUAAUGUACAUACCCUACACAGCACACAGGCAGCACAAUCAACCCCCAUUCCCCACCCUUUUAGAUGUCAUAACUGUGUGAGACGCAGAGCUUUGUGGAAAGCUGAAAGGGAAUCAGCUUAUGUUGUGUUCUGUGUCUGUUCGUGACUGAAUUGCGUCUCCCAUUAUCAUGGUUCAUGUCUCUGUGUAACUUCCUGUAACAUAUAUUCCCCCUCAUCCUCCCAACUUUCCUUCCAGAAGCAGUCACGAAGGAGUGCUUUUUGGUUGCUUGGGGCAUAUAAGUUGUCAUUUAUUUUGUUGUUGGUUGGUUAUUUUAUUGAAACCACUGAGUAAGUCAGAUUCAUACUGCAACAUUCCACUGUCCUGGGGGGAGUUAGCCUCCACCAGUCACUACGGAUCUGAAUUUUGGGUAUUCUGACAGUGUUUAAACAAGAAAGUUUAAAAAAAUAGACAAACAGUUUGUUGAAAUAAUAAAAUGAAAAGAAAUGUAAUAUGAAAAUAGUAACCUGAGUACGGGUCAGGAUUCUUUUAGUGUUUUGUUUUAUCUUUUUGAUAUUUUGAAUGAUGUGUAUGCAGAGAGGAAUUUUGAGAAUGAGAGAGUGUAACGUGAGUGUUGUGUGGGUUCCCUUUUCUGAUUCAGCGGUUUGAGGUUUUGGGUCUGGGAACACGGGUGUCUGGCUGGACCAAACUCAUUGGCCCUUUUUGAGUGGGUCAAGAGUGCAAGUGGAUGGCCUUUUGCAAAUCUCAAGUACAAUCAUCCAAUCAAAUAUCAGGAUCACAUAAAGGAUGAGUGGACAUGCUAUUUACAUGCCCUACACAUCUAGAAUCAUAAAAGUGCUACGCUCAGAAAGGCUUAUAUGCAGACUGGGUUUCCAGGUUACAUCCAUCAGCUGUUACUGUGGAAUUCAUGUCCACUGUCCAUUGAUGUUCUAUAGGGGACGUUGCCAGAUCCCUGUGUUCCAAACCUGCACCUCCAACCCUGCUCUGGAGCUCACGGGUGAUGUGACUUAGUAGAAAAUGUACUGUGAUAUUUUUGUAUUCCUCAGUGUAGCUUGGUUGGGAAAAAAGUAUAUAUAUAAAUUGUGCUGAUUGCAAGAGGUUGUAAUUUAGAAUAAAAGAAAAAAGGACAUAAAGCAAUACUGAAAUGUAGAGUUUACUUAAUAAAGGUUAUUCAAAACA